AUCAUGUUGGCGCUCCCGCUCCCCAGAAUAAAGCUGGUAGGAAUAAGCUGUUCCAAUGUUGUCAAAGUCUGUUUAAAUUCUACAAUAAGCCUUGGCGACAGUAGGUGUCUGAUAUGGAAUCAGAGGAGGACAGAGCAGAUGGUGUUCACUUUGCAGGCGACAGUUUGCUUAUAACAAACAGGAACUGGAAUAAUCUACCAGAUUCCAUUCUUCUUCACAUAUUUCAGUACCUUUCUGCAAGGGAGUUACUUAAUGUUGGACUCACUUGCAGAUCCUGGUUCCGUGUUAGUUAUGAUGAGUUUUUAUGGAAAGAUCUAUUUUCCUUAAAUUUCAAAAUUGAUCCUUCUGUGAAGAUUGUACCAGGCAAGACUUCGUGGUUGGCUGAAUACAAGCGGCUCUCUUACCACACACCCGUUGUCCAAACCGAAGUAAUGAAAGAGCACUCGCAUCAGGUUCUUCAUGUCAGCUUUGCCCACAAUGGAAAAAUGUUUGCAACAUGCUCAAAAGAUGGAUAUGUUUUGGUGUGGGAUUCCAGCUAUCCUGCUAGUAUCAAGUAUUAUCAUGACAUGAAGACUUUCAGCUGGAAAUACACUCAAUUUUCACAGUUCAACCAAUCUGACACCUUGCUGUUGGUAUCUGGGGUUCACUUUGGGACACCUCACAGCACAUCAGGAGAAAUAGCAGUCUUCAGUCUACAAGCUGGCUUCAACUUGCAAUGCAGAGUUAUGAACAAGCCAUAUGACAUCUUUGGAACCUGGUACAGUGAUCACCAUCUACUUUCCGGUGAUCUGCACUGGCUCGCACAUCUUGUCAGUACUUCUAUACUGUGGCUUAAUAAAGCGUCACAAGAAUCUGAAUCGGAGCUUGUACCCAUCAUGGAUCAGCUAUACAAGUUCUACAAUUCUAACGCCAGUUCCAUUCGCGCUGUUAUGGUAGCGAACUGUCUGGCUCCAUCACCACUUGAAUCAGAAGCUGUUUCUUCAGAAGCUGGUGCCCAGCCAGGCAAAGGACCAGAUAACUCUGAAAGAGGAAAUCCUCCAUCCCACAGAGAGAUAAACAGCCCAUCGACAUCAGGUUAUGUCCUACCAACUUCUUCAAGAGAACAUGAGGACGAAGAGGCACCAGAAGUAUUAUAUCCAGUCUCUUCUAGACUUCAGUGCAGUACGCUUGAGGGAUCAUUCUUAAAAAGGCGUUGCUUAGGUGAUGGAAUGGAUUAUGCAUGUCCAAUCCAAUACAAUGCUGAGUAUCGCCAAGUGGAAACACAAGGGAAGGGAAAAAGUAAUGCACGCAGCCUUUCUGACAGCAGUGACAGUGAAGAUUCUGGUGAGAGCGAUGAAACUGAUGAAUCAAGUUCUGGUAUAUCAGAUGCAUCGAUGGGGACUGAAGAAUGUGCUAGUGAGACUGACGAUCUGUCUGAUCAUGCUGAAAAGUACCUUAUAUUCACCACAGGCUCAAAGACAUACACACCACAUCAGAUAGGUUUUAAACGUAUCAAACCCGUGUCUUUCCCUCGUAAGCUUGAUCCAGGGCCAUCCCUUCGUGAACGCUUGGCUGAGAGAGAGAGGGAGAAACAAAAUUCAGGACUCCCACGUCCAGAGCCCAACUGGUUGGUAUAUGAAGAAGUUGCUGACAAGUUUGACAAAGUUGACCACCUUAUUGAUCUUCAUGGUCAUAUUAUAGGCAUGGGACUUUCUCCCGAUCAUAGGUACCUGUAUGUAAAUAGUCGUCCAUGGCCAAGAGGAUAUGUGAUAAAAAAUCCACUUGACCCACCCCCCAUUGCACAGGAGAUAGAUAUCCAUGUUAUUGACCUGGUUACGCUCAAAGAAGUUGGAACAAUGCUACGUGCACACAAGGCAUACACUCCAAACAAUGAAUGCUUCUUCAUCUUCUUAGACGUGUGUAAUGAAUAUGUUGCAAGCGGAGCAGAAGACAAGCAUGGAUAUCUGUGGGAUCGUCACUAUGGAGUAUGUCUUGUCAAAUUCCCACAUAUUGAUGUUGUAAACUCAGUGGCCUUCAACCCCUGUGAUCCCGAGAUGCUUGUCACCACUUCUGAUGACUAUACAGUGAAGGUAUGGAGAUCCAGAAGCAAAGUCAAAGAACUGGGACUAGAAGAUCGUAACUUUCCUAGAGGACUGGAAGUGAGACGGAAAACAAGAUGCAGACUUAGAUCAGAUAUCCCUCAGAGUAACCCUACUACAAGCUCAGCACUGAAUACAGUUUAAAAAUUGAUACAUAAUUCUAUGUUAAUUGUCUUGGAAACAUCAGUGUUCAAACCAAACUUUGCUUGUUCAUUUAAGUAUAGUUCUCUUUAUUUAUUUUCCACAAGUAACUUCAGUUAGUCCCAAACUUUAUAAUGUUUUAAAGCACUGCAAUAUGAAAUUAAAGUGUAUGGCCUUGCAUAACCUGUAAUGGUUUCUGUUUCGUAUUCUUUGGCAUUUUAAGCAAAAGCUAAUAGAAAGGAAACCAAAAGUUGCCAGUUGUGUUCAAAAUUACCGUCAUUCCUCCUACAGAGGUGUUGCUAUUAUGAAGUUUUGAUGUUGAAUUAGGUGCAAAAUAGUAUAUUAACCAGGGAAAAAAUUCAACGUCUCACAGAAGUCUUGUAAAACAAUAUGAGCUCAUUAGAAUAACAUUUCAAUUAUGGAAUUAUGAUGUGGUGUACACAUUUAACAAUUAAGAGAACUAAAUGUACAUUUCCAUUAGCCAUGACAUUUCAUGGUAAUUGCUGAAAUAGUUUUAUGUCCCUUAAGAUAUUUAAUUGAUAGAUCUGAAAAAUUUUAUGUUUGUCAAUAUGUCACAACAAAACAGGAAAAGAUUGUGAAAUUGUGAUUUUUGUUAGAGAGUGAAAAAUGUUGUACUGGGUUGCAUAAUUUUCAUACAACAGCCCAAUAUACAGAAUCAGCAAGACUUUUUAAAUGUAAAAUUAGUAUUUAGUAAUCAAUAUAUCAAUUCAUAUAGUGAUGUUCAAAACAUACAAGAUUGUUCCAGUGCAUUCUAUUUCAUAACUGUAAGAUCUGAAUAAUAUUGUUGGAUAUUUAUGAAUUUACUGUAUCUUGGGUUUAAAAGUAACAUUUAAUGGUGGUGAUAUCUCUAAAACUAUUUCUCUGAAUGCAGCCUAAUUAGAGUGCUACCUAGUGACAGAACAUAAAUAUGUAAGCCAGGCAAUCUCCUUCCACAUCCUUGAGUCUAAUCAAGUAUUUCUAUGCAGUAACAUUCUUUUUGUUUUCAAUGUUAAUAUAAAAAUUCUGACAGAUAUCCAAGAAAUUAGCAUACUUGGGGGUUUUUCUCAUGUUAAAAUAACUUCCAUUAAUUGGUGAUAUUUGCUGCUUUCCAUUUACUCUCUACAUUAACACAACAGAAUAAAUUAUAUGGAAAAAUGCAGUUUUA